UUUCGGCGCUUCGCAGUCGAAGAUGGCAGAACAAGUUUCUCAGGGAAAGUCGGCGGACCAGGUGUGCACCUUCCUCUUCAAAAAACCCGGGCGGAAAGGGGGUGCUGGCCGCCGGAAGCGGCCGGCGUGCGACCCGGACUCUGGGGAGAGCGGAAGCAGUAGCGACGAAGGCUGCACGGUUGUACGACCGGAGAAGAAGCGGGCGGCCCACAAUCCAAUGAUCCAGAAGACGAGUGGCAGCGGUAAACAGAAGGGGGCUUACUGUGAUCUGAGCAGCGAAGAGGAGGAAAAGGCGGGGAAUGAGAGUCUGGGCGUCGUCUACAAGUCCACGCGCUCGGCGAAACCGGUGGGACCCGAGGAUAUGGGGGCCACAGCAGUCUACGAGCUGGACACAGAGAAGGAGCGAGACGCACAGGCCAUUUUCGAGCGCAGUCAGAAAAUCCAGGAGGAGCUGAGAGGCAAGGAGGAUGACAAGAUCUAUCGUGGAAUUAAUAAUUACCAGAAAUUCAUGAAGCCCAAAGAUACGUCCAUGGGCAAUGCCUCCUCUGGCAUGGUGAGAAAGGGCCCCAUCCGAGCCCCUGAACAUCUACGUGCCACCGUGCGCUGGGAUUACCAGCCAGACAUCUGUAAGGACUACAAGGAAACUGGCUUCUGUGGUUUUGGAGACAGCUGCAAAUUCCUCCAUGACCGUUCAGAUUACAAGCACGGAUGGCAGAUAGAACGGGAGCUCGAUGAGGGCCGUUAUGGUGUGUAUGAAGAUGAAAACUAUGAAGUAGAAAGCGAUGAUGAGGAAAUACCAUUCAAAUGUUUCAUCUGUCGCCAAACCUUCCAGAAUCCGGUUGUUACUAAGUGUAAACAUUAUUUCUGCGAGACCUGUGCAUUGCAGCAUUUCCGAACCACUCCACGGUGCUAUGUUUGUGAGCAACAGACCCAUGGGGUUUUCAAUCCUGCCAAAGAACUGAUUGCUAAACUGGAGAAAUACCGAAAAGCGGAAGGUGGUACUUCUAACACUUCAGAAGACCCCGAUGGAAUCUAAUUGCCUUUACUUAGAUUUUUUGCAAUUGUCAAAUCUCAAAGUACUUUUUGUUUUGGUCACUUCAAACCAAAGCAACCGUAAUUGAAGAAAUAUUAAGUUUUCUAAGAAGAAUAUCCAAGUUUUGUAUUAUAUGACAGUGCUACAGAUGGGAUCAAUACAGUUAACUUCUAGAACUCUUAGGCUGCCUGCCCAUCUUGUAUAUAGCUAUACAUUCUGAAUCAAAAUAAAGAACUAGUUCAUACUCUA